AUGCCAUCCGUAUGAGCUUCUCUACGUUUUGGAACCAUCUCCCAUGAUUUAUUCAUUCAUGUCCUCUUAUGGGGACUCUGGUGAUCGAGAGUGAAUGACAUCAGGAUAACUCUUCCGCCGGAGAACAAGGACGUUGAUUAGUGAGCUGUCCGUAUUUUGCGUGAUAUUACUAUACCGCGAUAUCUUCUUUGCACUUCGUUCAGUUGAAGUCUUGUCUGGCUCCUUCUUCCUCAUCCGUCAUUGUGAUCAAAAAUGCCGGCUACAUCUUCCUCAACGCGCGGGUCCGCACCGCCGGCCCCAACACCCUCCAACCGUGUGCUAGUCGCGGCUCAGUCGCAAUGGCUAUUCACGGACGCGGAACUUUACCGGACACCCUCUAUCCUCGAUGGGAUGACGAUUGAAGCUGAACACACAAGCCGUAGCAAGGGGGUUAACUUUAUCACCCAGGUCGGAAUCCUGUUGAAGCUUCCACAGCUCACGCUCUGCACCGCGAGCGUCUAUCUCCACCGUUUCUUCAUGCGAUAUAGUAUGAAAGACCUUCCUCAGCGCCCAGGAAUGCACCCUUACUCGAUCGCCGCCACUGCUCUAUUCCUCGCUACCAAAGUCGAGGAGAACUGCCGCAAGAUGAAGGAGCUAAUCGUAGCCUGUUGUCGCAUCGCACAGAAGAAACCAAGCAUGGUGGUGGAUGAGCAGUCAAAAGAAUUUUGGAGGUGGCGCGAUACUAUUCUACACAAUGAAGACACGCUGCUUGAGGCCUUGUGUUUCGAUCUUCAGCUUGAGCAACCCUACCGCCUUCUCUACGACUUCCUUUGCUACUUCAAGGUACAGGAUAAGAAACGGCUUAGAAAUUCUGCCUGGGCUUUCCUUAACGAUUCUACAUACACGGUACUAUGUGUCCAAUUCCCCGCACGCACUAUAGCCGCAGCUGCACUUUAUGCGGCAGCAAGGCACUGCGAAGUUACAUUUGAAGAUGACUCUCUAAAUAGGCCUUGGUGGGAGCAAUUGGACGUUGAUCUCAAUGAGAUGAGAAGGGCAUGCAAUCGGAUGGCAGAUAUAUAUGAAUUUGUUGCCGUUCCCGUACCUGGGCAACAAUAUGUGCACCUCUCGACCCGUGACGACGAACCGACUGACAGGACAAGAACGGUCCACCACCCCAAGAGCGAGGGCAGUGUGGAUAUAAGCGCCGAGAAUAGUGUGUCCCCUGGUGAGAUCAAUGGGCGCAAACGUGAAAGAGAUAGCCAUUCCGGCUUUAGCCAACAUCCAAUAAGCGUUCCCCCAAAUGGCGCAGCAUCAGGGAACCAGGACCGUCAGCCUUUUCCCAAGCGUCAGCGCCGUGAAGGGAGCGACGCUGGCACUGAAACAUCCUCAUUCAACCAACCACAGCCAUCAUCAUCGCAGGUCUCAUUAACUCAAGGAGCUUCAAACCUUAACUUAGCAUCAAACCCAUCUUCGCAAACCACUAUCAGCGAUCCGUCCAGUCAGAGACUGUCAGAAAUGAACGGCCAUGGGCAUCCCAGGAAUGUCUCUCCUCCCAAAAGCAGAAUCCCGCAAGCGGCUCGCAUCCCUCUAAAUCAACAACGGCGACAACAUCCACUUCCUCCUCCACCCCCAGUUACUGUCCCUCCUCUUCCCCAUCAACACCCUCAGCCUCCUCGCCGUGGAAGCUAUGGCAACAAUCCACAACCACCAAAUAGACAACCGCCCCCCAGAGGCCCGCCGUCGGCGACCGGAUCCUCAGUGUUCCACCCACCACCACCGCCAUCAUCCAAUCCCCGAAAUGUUGACGAAUUACAGCAACGUAUUGAUGCUAUUAUCCAGCAAGGCAUGCCACCGGAAAACGAGCGGUCCCAUGAACCUAGAGGAGAUUAUUACUAUCGUCCAUCAUCAAAUGAAAGGGAGCGGGAUAGGGAUAGAUAUAGAGAAAGAGAUAUAGAUAGGAACGGAGAUCGUGAUAGAGAUAGGUAUAGGGACAACGACGGUGACAGAGACAGAGCAAGAGAAAAAGGGCGCGAUCAUGAUCAUAACCGUUCAAGGAGACACUCAUCAGAGACAUCAGGAUCCGCAGCCAUGUCCGCGUCUCUCUCUGCGCCCUCUUUAUCUGGAACACUCCCACAUCCGCAUCCGCCACCGGCACCACCGUCGUCUCUGAUUCCACCAGCUCCCGCUUCUGGGGCACGUCGUGACAUCGAGCAGGAUCAACAUAAACGCGAUGUAGUAGAAACGAAUACCGCUGCACCGCAGGAGAACGAUAACAAAGUCAACGAGCCUGAUGAUGGCGGUGGGAGCGAGGAAGGGGAGGUUUAAAAUAGCGGCUGUUCCCUCUUUUCCAACAGCACCCCCUUUCAGUCUCCGAGGGAUGAAGGGUGGCUGGCGAAAUGGAUGGCAUUAUUAUUGGCAAUCAGACAUUCAUGCGUUCAGCGGCACCAGUCACACUAACCUGGUUUGAUUAUACAAUCAAUACCCGUUGAAAAACAUCACCAUUUUUGGUGCUGCCAUCAUAAUUAACAAUUACUUAAGGCUCGUCUGUGAACAGCAGCCUCCACCGCUUCCCUCAACCUGAUAGCAUUAUAAACUGAGAAAGGAAACGAGGCCUAGGCCCUUUUUUCGAACCCGGAUCUCAAUCUACAUGUACUGAUACCAUCUUUCUCAGGGAGCCCACAUAUGUAUAUAUAUAUAUAUAUAUAUUUAGCGAACAAGAUAUUUCGCUAUAUGCCUUCCUUAUGUACACGUACAUAUCCACUCCAUGCGAUAGAUAGUCAAUAAAAAAGAAGAAAAAGGCUCUUCAGAAAAGUUAAGAGGACCAAUCUUGGUUCUUGUCGGAUUGCCUCCCUUGCGGGCCGACCGCUUCCGCCUGCGGCCGCCGAUCCACGUGAUCGGCGAUCGCAAGCUCCCUAUAAAAAAGGCCACGUAGCAGCUGCCUUCUCAUAAUACAACCAACUACUCUAAGAACUCCUCCAUCAGUUCUAUGGAAGGCAAACGGUAUGGAGUGAAACUAAUUAGUAGAUAGAAUAAAAACAACCAACGGCUGAUCUCGCGGCAAGGUUUACCUUUCCUUAAAAUAUCCUCUUGCUCUCGCACACUUUUCGGGAUCCUAUAUUAGAUCUGAAUUGCUUGUUAGAUACAUGGGAGCCAAAAACAGCAGACAAAGGAACGAAUCUCUUUCUCACGCGAGUUAACGUUUCCCCGAAAAGUUGAGUCAAUUAGAGGGAGGAGGAGGUUUCUUCUAUAAUUAAAUCAAUCAAUAAGGGUAAAAAAGGAAGGAGGGCGGGGACAGGGGCCCGAAAACGGAUCCGGAAAUCUGUCGGAUUUACAUCUAGCCUACUUACGAAACCGGGGAAUUUUUCGAUUCGAUCCAACUUUGUUAGUGAAUUAUGGUAAAAAAAAAUCGAAAAAAAAAUCGAAAAAAAUGGGGAAAAAAAUUUAUCGGACUGUACCGGAAGGGGUGAUUAGAAGGGUCACAUAUGUAGGAAUAUCUAUAUGUGAUGAAAACGGAUAGGAAAGGGAGAAAGGGUAGAAGGGGGAAGAAGACCAGUUGGAGAGAGGAGGGAAUUUAGAUUGUUAUUUUGGGUUUUGUUUCGGAAUCGCUUCCAAUGAAGUUUAAACGAUGUUUUUCUCUGUUCCUUUUUUCCAUUUGCUUUGCGCCCCCAAGGAAAUGAUCAUACUAAAUAAUGAAAAUACAGGUAGAAGACUAUCAAAAGAGUACAAUCGAUAGCUGACAAAGGGAUAGAUAGAAAGUAAUAACAAUGGUUCGAGAGCGA